UAGGAUCUCCCAUCUCCGUCUCUGUCUCCGCCCCCAAUGAAUGCAUCGUUUCAUUCAUUCACCUACUGUACGCAAAGGGUAGCGAGUCGCGUUCACUUACAAAUCAACGACGUACCAAGAAGGACACGCAUUGCAAGUGUAUCGUAAUCGCUUUGACAAAAAACUAAAAACGAUUAAAAAAAAAUCGUGGAUUUCUGCUAAAUGUCUGCAAGAAAACGCGAUCUUUCUAUAGACGUUCUGUGCCUCCCUAUAGGCUGAUAACGUUAUGGAUUCCUUGCCAAGGUCGACAGUAACUUCAGGUAGUGGAAUUCGAGCGGGGAGAAAGGUUAUCAAUGUGAAGAUCAACCAUUGACUCCAACCAAUCAAUUCACUUCUAACUGUACCCGAGGGGGUUCUAGAAGACAACGCCAUUGCCAUGGAAACGCCCCCGGGUUCCAAGCGGAGGACGGUGGUCGCACAGAUGGAGUCGCCCCGCGCAGGGGGUGUGGCUAUGCUUGACGUCCUCGGCAACACAGAACCCAACGCCAACCGGGGGGUGGAGCCUAAACUCAACCUCCAACUGUCGCCAGGUGAGGCCUUCCCCCAUGUCGCCGCGGAUACCAGGAAGCUGAAUGGAGGACGUGGAAGUGGCACCUCCCCUUCCUGUCUGAGGGCUGAUUGCACGGGAAAGGAGGGAUCAUGGCAGAGGAAAGGAGGGAGUAUAGAUGUGAGCGGAGGAGGGAGAGGAGGAGGGGUAUUAAAACCACUUACAACGCCUGAGAGAGAGGAAGCUAAGAAAAGCAGGAUCCCUAUGGCUCUCUCCUUGAGAACGGACACACACACCCCCACACACUCCUCACACACCACACACACUACCACUAUUAGCAGCGACCGAAGGCUGAGGUCUCCCAACAUCAAACACACCACGAGCCCUAAAACACACACACACAGAACAGAACACACCUGGGAUGCCAGCUCCAAAGUAGAACACUCCAGAACCCAUCACUUGUCUGCGGUGAGCUCCAAACCCUCGGCUUCCAGAACCGUGCAGGGUUCUAAGGAUCCUCAGAAGGGUUCUAGUUCUAAAGGUCCUGCUCCACCACCCGCCCCUCUGGCCACCUCAAGCCCCAAAUGUAGAACCACCGUUGACGUGAUGCUCACAUCGACCACCUCUGACAUCAUCACAGGGGGACGAGCUUCGGACUCUGACCUGUCGAUGGGAUCACUAGGGGUCAAGGGUAACACACCCCAUAAUUCUCCAUUCCUGACCCCUGACCCCUUUGCCACGGCAACGGACAACACAGAGAUGACUCUAGAAAACGCAGCUCGCCGACUGGAAUCCAAAAUGGCCACCAAAGUCUCAGAGGGGUCGUUGACAGUGACAUCACAGAGCGGCACCCGUCUGUUAGGAGGGGGAAUGGCUGCAGGACCUAUGCUAUCCCAGAAGGCCAUGCAGCAGAGUGACACGGCGGCGACGCGCGAGGCCCUGGAGAGGGACGUCAACCCCCCAGAGUAUCGCCGGGGUGACGGGCGUAGCCAUGACGAUUGCACGGGCCGGUUGCCGCGGGAGACCAAGCCACCUGGAGUCCCGCUGGGAGACCCGAGUCACGUGGGAGACGGAAAUGUCAUCGCCACCACCGGCAGCAACAACGAUGAAGCGUCGUCAAGGGCAACAGAGAAGGGGAAGAAAGACAUGGGAAGAAAAGAGGAGGAGGAUAAACAUCAGCAUCCAGGGACCGGGAGCUCCAGAGUGCGUAAAGAGGCCGGCACCAUGACUAACCCCAGCGAGGUGAGGCGUUCCUGGGGUGAGGCCCGGAGGGAGGUGGGGGUUCAGGCUGUAGUGGAGGUGUGUGACCGCUCCGCCACUACCAGCCCCCGCCUGCUCACCCUGUCCCUACGCACUCACCGUGGCAACACAGGGAAACAGGAAGGGGUUGUUAGUUACGGACAGAGAGACACAGACUCGCGGUCCAAUGGGCUGACAGCUGGGGGUCAGAGGGGGAGUGUCCUUGUCUGUGACCUCUGCAUGGACCAGCAGGUCAGAGGUCAGGGGUUAAAUGGGGAACUGGGGCCUUUGAUUGGUUUACAGAGCUGUCAGUCAAGGUUGGUCACACCGCAGAACCAGGAGACGGGACUGAAUGCAGUAGCCCCGCCCCUGUGCUGCAUUCCUAUUGGCCUAGCCCCAUUCCAACACGUCUGUCAGAUAGACAUCGAGCUCUGCAGCCAAUCAGAGCACCCGAACAGUAACGAUAAGCUGCCGACCACCAAUGAGGAGCUGCCGACCAGUGUCACAAACGACAAGCAGCAGAAACCAUCCGAGAUCCACAGCAAAGCUAAAACCAGACAGACAGGCAAUUCAGGUACCAAGACUAGCCACAAACACAGAACCCACUCCUCUCCUUCCCACUCCUCCUCUCACCGGACCCACAGACACAAACCAGGUACGGGCAGAGACAAACAGAAACCGGGGUUGGAAUGGAAACAGACUGGAUCGGACCUGUUCCAGGCAGAGCCAGAGCCAGGGAAGAGUAUCACCAAAGUGACUGCAGAGAAUCCAGAACGAGCUGUUGACCACGAACAGGAGAGGAAGGACUCUGGGCCGGUGCAGAACGUGGUUUGGGACGAACAGGGGAUGACCUGGGAGGUGUACGGCGCAUCGGUGGAUCUAGAGAGUCUGGGGUUCGCCAUCCAGUCACACCUGCAGUGCAAGAUCCGAGAGCACGAGAAACGCAUCGGGACACUACGGAAGUCUGUCUCCCUAGACGUUCCGUCUCCGGGAGCGAAGAAGUGGAAGGAGAAGAAGAAGAGGGACGUUUUCCGGUCAAUAUGCCGACCGGGAUGCUGCAGGAAACCUCCCGCGUCGCCCGCAGGGAAGUGAUACAGCCUCGGAAUGUUUGGAAUGUUUACACACGAAACAUUCUAGAACGUUCUAAAUCUAGAUUGUAGAUCCAUUCUAUGACAUCACCCGCCAGGAAGUGAGAGAAUUUUGGUGAAUGUUCGUGGGCAUUCCAGAAUGUUCACGGAUGGAUAUUCUAGAACAACAUUAUAGUCACAGGAGAUUGGUGGCACUCUGAUUGGGGAGGACGGGCUCGUGGUAAUGACUGGAGCGGAGUUAGUGGAAUGGUAUCAAAUACAUCAAACAAAUGGUUUCCGUGGCUUCCACGUGUUUGAUGCCAUUCCAUUUGCUCCGUUCCAGACGUUAUAAUGAGGCUCCUUCCCCUCGGCAGCCUCCACUGGUUCUAAUCUAGAACAUUCUGAAACAGCAAACCUGUUCCUGUAUUUGAUUAAGGGGAUACAUUUUCUGCAGUUGUUCUAGGAGGAGAAGAGAUAUUCAAUCCGUCAACUGUUGGUUGCAAAGGACAAAACUAAACUAUGGGACACGUUCACGCAUUAUUAUCACACCACGUAUCUGCUGUUAGCCAAAGACAGUAGCCCCACGAACAGCAAGGUUCUGUCCCAGAGGGCACCCUGUUACACCCUAUUUAUAGUGCACUACUUUUGACCAGAGCCCAUACAAGGAAUAGGGGGGGCCAUUUUGGGACACGGACCAUGAUCUAUACUGUAUCACUGAAUGAAGAAGAUGAGGGUGAAGCUAAAACAGAAGAAAAGGCAAUACGAUUCUAUGAUUCUGUGUGGAUGAAUGUAGCUACAAUACACUGUUACUCGACAUCAGAUGUUUUCACUGAGGAGAGACUCAAUUUACAUUAAUAUCAGCUGUUUUCACUGAGGAGAGACUCAAUAUACAUUAAUAUCAGCUGUUUUCACUGAGGAGAGACUCAAUAUACAUUAAUAUCAGCUGUUUUCACUGAGGAGAGACUCAAUAUACAUUCAUAUCAGCUGUUUUCACUGAGGAGAGACUCAAUAUACAUUAAUAUCAGCUGUUUUCACUGAGGAGAGACUCAAUAUACAUUAAUAUCAGCUGUUUUCACUGUGGAGAGACUCAAUAUACAUUAAUAUCAGCUGUUUUCACUGAGGAGAGACUCAAUAUACAUUAAUAUCAGCUGUUUUCACUGAGGAGAGACUCAAUAUACAUUAAUAUCAGCUGUUUUCACUGAGGAGAGACUCAAUAUACAUUAAUAUCAGCUGUUUUCACUGAGGAGAGACUCAAUAUACAUUAAUAUCAGCUGUUUUCACUGAGGAGAGACUCAAUAUACAUUAAUAUCAGCUGUUUUCACUGAGGAGAGACUCAAUAUACAUUAAUAUCAGCUGUUUUCACUGUGGAGAGACUCAAUAUACAUUAAUAUCAGCUGUUUUCACUGAGGAGAGACUCAAUAUACAUUCAUAUCAGCUGUUUUCACUGAGGAGAGACUCAAUAUACAUUAAUAUCAGCUGUUUUCACUGAGGAGAGACUCAAUAUAUAUUAAUAUCAGCUGUUUUCACUGAGGAGAGACUCAAUAUACAUUAAUAUCAGCUGUUUUCACUGAGGAGAGACUCAAUGUACAUUAAUAUCAGCUGUUUUCACUGUGGAGAGACUCAAUAUACAUUAAUAUCAGCUCUUUUCACUGAGGAGAGACUCAAUAUACAUUAAUAUCAGCUGUUUUCACUGAGGAGAGACUCAAUAUACAUUAAUAUCAGCUGUUUUCACUGAGAGACUCAAUAUACAUUAAUAUCAGCUGUUUUCACUGAGGAGAGACUCAAUAUACAUUAAUAUCAGCUGUUUUCACUGAGGAGAGACUCAAUGUACAUUAAUAUCAGCUGUUUUCACUGAGAGACUCAAUAUACAUUAAUAUCAGCUGUUUUCACUGAGAGAGACUCAAUAUACAUUAAUAUCAGCUGUUUUCACUGAGAGAGACUCAAUAUACAUUCACACCAGCUGUUUUCACUGUGGAGAGACUCAAUAUACAUUAAUAUCAGCUGUUUUCACUGUGGAGAGACUCAAUAUACAUUCAUAUCAGCUGUUUUCACUGUGGAGAGACUCAAUAUACAUUAAUAUCAGCUGUUUUCACUGAGGAGAGACUCAAUAUACAUUAAUAUCAGCUGUUUUCACUGUGGAGACCAUAGGUGGUAUUUUAAAUAAUAGUUUUAGACUGACACUAACAGAAGUACAUGAAUAAUACAUUUUACUAUGACACAAUGGAAUACACUGUAUUAGUACUGUAUAGGAAUGGAGCGACACCACUGUACCAAGAACACUGUAGUAUAGGGCUUCACGAGUGCUUGAAGCAUCACUACAGACCCGGGUUCGAUCCCAGGCUGUGUCACAACCAGCCGUGACCCGGGAGUCCCAUAGGGCGGCGCACAAUUGGCCCAGUGUCGUCCGGGUUAGAGGAGGGUUUGGCCGCUGGGGACUUUACUUGGCUCAUCGUGCUCUAGCGACUCCUUGUGGCGGAUUGGGCGCCUGCAAGCUGACUUCGGUCGUCAGUUGAACGGUGUUUCCCCCGUUUCCUUCCUUCCUCCGAGGGUGUUAGGAAGUGCGGUUUAGUGAGUCACGUUUCGGAGGAUGCAUGACUCGACCUUCGCCUCUCCCGAGGCCGUUGGGGAGUUGCAGCGAUGAGACAAGAUUGCAAUUGGAUAUCACGGGGGCGGAAUACAACAACAACAACAAAGAACACUGUAGCAAGAAAUAACUUUAUUUAUCUUAUAUUUGAUCACAUUUCAGGACGUAGAUAUAACUUUAUUAAUAUUUUACAGUAUAUGAUCACAUUCCAAGACUUCAAAAUAACUUUAUUAAUAUUUUACAGUAUAUGAUCACAUUCCAGGACUUAGAUAUAACUUUAUUAAUAUUUUACAGUAUAUGAUCACAUUCCAAGACUUCAAAAUAACUUUAUUAAUAUUUUACAGUAUAUGAUCACAUUCCAGGACUUAGAUAUAACUUUAUUAAUAUUUUACAGUAUAUGAUCACAUUCCAAGACUUCAAAAUAACUUUAUUAAUAUUUUACAGUAUAUGAUCACAUUCCAAGACUUCAAAAUAACUUUAUUAAUAUUUUACAGUAUAUGAUCACAUUCCAGGACUUAAAUAUAACUUUAUUAAUAUUUUACAGUAUAUGAUCACAUUCCAAGACUUCAAAAUAACUUUAUUAAUAUUUUACAGUAUAUGAUCACAUUCCAGGACUUCAAAAUAACUUUAUUAACAUUUUACAGUAUGUGAUCACAUUACAGGACUUAGAUAUAACUAUAUUAACAUUUUACAGUAUGUGAUCACAUUACAGGACCUCAAAAUAACUUUAUUAACCUCAUACAGUAUAUUGUAGCACUCUGUUUUAGCUAACUCAUAGUAGCUCUACUCUGUAUUUUACAGUUGGGUUGUAAAAUUCCAUUAACUUUCCCAAGAUGUCCCCAGAUGUUCUAGAAAUCCUGCUUGGAAGAUUUCAUGAAUUUAAAUGGAAUAAACAGGAAAUCUCGAGUCCUCUAAACAGGAUUUCUGGAAAAUAUGGGCUGUGGGAAAGCGAGUGUAAUUUUAACGGCCUAUUUCCAGCUAGCUGUAAUACAACAGGACAGAUUGCCUCAGCAUUUCAGAAGCUUUCACCUCUCUGCUCUUACUGUUGGUUAAUAUUUCAUCCACUUCCUCUGUUAGAAUCCCCAUGCCGACACACGCACGCACGCACGCACGCACGCACACACACACACACACACACACACACACACACACACACACACACACACACAGUAUACAGUAUAUACACGCCACAGAGCUUUUAUUCUGCACUAAGAGGCCUUGCGGGUGGAGGUUAGGAAGUUGUACAGAGUGUCGUGACGGGACCAGUGAGAUGAAAACGUCUCUUGUCUCUCCCACAGGACACAGAGUCUAAUACUGGGUCAUACGUUACACUCUUCGUGUCAUUGCAACAGAGUUAGCUCUGAGACGAUUUGAUUGGUAUUAGCAAUACGGGGCAAACUUCCACCUAGCCUAUCAGAGGGCAAGGUGGGAGCUAUUACCAUAUUGCGUACACCUGUCAAAUCCACUCAGAUCUCCAUAAGUGAAUGGGACGUAGGGUUUAGGGGGGUCCAUUUGGUGAUUGAGCCCUGUGUAUUAACACUGCCAUACUGAUAGA